UAGAUGUGCAUGAUCAUAUCGUUAGAUAUAAAGCCCAGUGUUUAAUAUUCCUGUUUUUUCCUCUUGAUCCUUCUCUAGGACAUUCUCAUAAUGAAUACAGAGCUUUCUAAAACUGAAGACAACUGUGGCGAACAGUCUAACAGGGCAUGGAAAAAACACAGCAGUCCUUGGAACCCUGUGAGAAACCUGAUGAUAAACAGUCAAAAUCAGUGCAGGCCGCUAGCAAUGAGAUCCUGGAAAAGAUGCCUGCCACAGUGGUUGAAGCACCUGGAGAAGAGGAAAAUCCAAAAACUAAAGGCCACAAGAAGUCCCUCAUGGAAUGGCUGGAUGAGUUCCGUUUAAGUGAAACUCAGAGAGAGGAUGAGGAGGUUCUUGAUGGCAUCAUGGAUUGGUGGAACACUGUGGAACAAUGGGAAGACAUGCCCAAAAGUGACAACAUGACAGAGAAAGAGGAAGCCAAGGCUUUUGCUGUAACAGCUGAAAAGGUGCAAAAGGGCAUACGUGUGUUUAACAAACUUUUUUCCGAACGGGCGGAAGGACUGUGGCAGCACGUGAUCGACCUGCAUGCCAUUGCUGAUGGCCUGGACCGCUUCAACAAGAAAACCAAGAUUGCCAAGAUCACUGGUAAAUCCACCAGUGCUGUGGGAGGUGUUACUACCAUAACUGGCCUCAUCUUAGCACCUUUCACAAUGGGAACCUCUCUGAUCGUCACUGCGGUUGGCCUGGGUGUUGCCAUGGCAGGUGGUCUUACCUCUGCAUCCGCUGGGAUAUCCAGUACCGUCAACAACUCUUUGGAUCGCAAAAAGGUAGAGCGCAUUGUGGAAGACUACCAGGCGAAGAUGGCUGACCUUAACAAAUGCAUGAAGUUCAUCAAGCAAGGCAUUACAAACCUACGCAAGUUCAACCUGAAUAAGAUGAAGAAUGCAUGCAAUCGAGACUUCCCUUGUUUUGACAAUAUCUAUAAGGACGGCGCUAUGGCAGGCAAAGCUAUUCUAACCAAUGCCAGUGAGAUGUGUGUGCUGCAGAUAGCCAAUGCGGUGCGAACCACUGUGGCGCGUGCGGUGCAGAUCGCUAGUAUAUCCACAGGUGUUCUGAUGGGGCUUUUUGUUGGGAUGGACAUCUAUUUUGUGGCCAAGGACUCCCAUGUACUGAAAAAUGGUGCAAAGUCAGAAUUUGCUGCCAAGAUUAGAAAAGUAGCAGAUCAGCUACAUGAGGGCUUGAUGGAAUUUAACGUAAUCCGAGAUGAGUUGAGGUUGACCACCACUCUGAAAGAAGACAAGCCAUCUUGAUAAACCUCUGUAAACACUCUUUUUGUUUAUUACACUUCAAAGUUUAUUACUUUCACACUACAUAAUAUAAAAUUGUAUGGUUAUAGAACUACACUGGCUUUCCUUAUUAGACAUAAGAGGGAAUUUGGGAUCUUGUUUUUGACUUUAUUUCCACUGCUUAUUUCGGGUAUAAUUGCUGCUUUUGUAAUGUUAAAGAAUACACAUUUGUUUAAUAUACACAGUAAACCUAUUAUGUAAACACAAACCUUUUAUUUUGGAUGCGAUUAAUCAUUUGACAGCCCGGUAAUUUUUUUUUUUUUUUUUUUAAAUAAGGUAUGCUAGUUAUUUUAUUAUUUAUUACAUUUAAUUACUUGCAAAUUUGCCAUUGCCAAAUAUUUAUCAUUCACUAAAGUCUGUCUGUCCACAUUAAAGCCAACAUUUUUGAUGGUUGACCGAUAGAAUGUAUUUUCGUACAGUAAAUAUUGUAAUGACUCGUGAUUAUUUCAUUUUGUAUUUAAAAUUAAUUAUGAGGGUUUUCUAAAAGGUUUUCAAGGCAGUUUUAAAGUUACCUUUAUGUAACAAAAAAGCUAACAUUUGUUAUAAUAAAACUCAAUAUCUGUGCUAAAA